AUGAUAUUUUUAUAUUUACAGCAUACAAGUAAAGGUCAAGCUAUCCUAGAUAAAGUAUUUCUACAUCUCAAUAUACACGAGAAAGAUUAUUUUGGUUUACGCUAUGUGGAUCAAGGGGGACAAACGCAUUGGUUGGAUCCCAACAAAUCUAUUUCUAGUCAACUGAAAGCAUGUUCUCUGCCCUUCACGUUUUAUUUCGGGGUGAAAUUCUACGCUGCAGAUCCGUGUAAAUUACGGGAAGAGAUUACCAGAUAUUUAUUUUUUCUACAAGUCAAGCGAGACAUCCUUCAAGGGAGAUUACCAGUAACGUUUGAUGAGGCCAGAGAACUUUGUGCUUACGCUGUACAAUCGGAACUGGGAGAUUAUGAUCCGAAUAGAUAUACACCAGGAUAUAUUUCCGAGUUCCGGUUCCUGCCCAAUCAAACAGAAGAUUUGGAAGAGGAACUGGAAAUUUUACAUAAACGACUAGUAGGACAGGUGCCUGCUAUAGCUGAAUAUCGUUAUCUAGAGAAAGUAAAAUGGUUAGAGAUGUAUGGUGUGGACCUUCAUCCUGUAUUGGGUGAAGGAAGUUUAGAAUAUUUUCUAGGUUUAACACCAACUGGUAUUGUUGUUUAUAAAAAUAAAGCUAAAAUAGGCAACUAUUUCUGGCCUAGAAUAUCUAAAGUAACGUUUAAAGGAAAAGUAUUUAUAAUAAAAGUGAGGGACAAGAAUAAUGAUGAUCAUAGUUAUGCCUUUGAAUUACAAACGAAAUCAGCCUGUAAACAUUUAUGGAAAUGUUGUGUUGAACAUCAUGCUUUCUUUAGACUGACACGAGUACCUGAUGGUUCUAACGCUAGUAAAAUAUUUAAUCUUGGCUCUAAACAUAGGUACAGUGGUAGAACAGAACGACAAGCCCAGGCUGAUCAGCUAACUCAGUCUACAUCUCAGAAUGUUUUACGUGUUGCUAGCAGACGACAACAAAGACGCAUAAAUUCAGAUUCCAGACUCAAUGGUAAAUAA